GCAUCACCGUCCUUUUUAUAUUCACUUAUAUUUCCAACUUCGGCCUAUCCCGCGCCGGUAUUCAUUACUACACCGACUCACUGUCCCGGGUCUCUAAUUUCGCAAUUGCACUGUCGUUGUUCGCUACUUAAAUUGCAAGAGCACUCAGCGCGAGAACAUCUUAGUGGUCUACAUUCGCUUCGCGACAAUUAACGUCUAAUUCUACUCACCUGCAUCGCCAUCAUGAAGGCCCUCAUUCUCGUCGGUGGCUUCGGCACACGUCUACGGCCCUUGACUCUUACCAUGCCCAAACCUCUGGUAGAGUUUGCCAACAAGCCCAUGAUUCUACACCAGAUUGAGGCAUUGGCUGCUGUGGGUGUCACUGAUGUUGUACUCGCUGUCAACUACCGCCCUGAGAUUAUGGAGAGAGUCUUGAAGGAGUACGAAGCCUCUCUCGGUGUCAAGAUCCACUUCUCCCUCGAGAACGAACCCCUCGGUACCGCUGGUCCGCUUAAGCUUGCAGAGGAGAUUCUAGCUAAGGACGAUUCUCCCUUCUUUGUCUUAAACUCGGAUAUUACCUGCGACUUCCCCUUCAAGGCGCUCGCCGAAUUCCACAAGUCACACGGUAACGAAGGCACUAUUGUUGUUACGAAGGUUGAAGAGCCCUCUAAAUAUGGUGUCAUCGUUCACAAGCCCAACCACCCUACGCGAAUCGACCGUUUCGUCGAGAAGCCCAUCGAAUUCGUCGGCAACCGUAUCAAUGCCGGUAUGUACAUGCUGAACACUUCGGUGCUCCAACGCAUUGAAAAGAACCGACCUACCUCCAUCGAGCAAGAAACUUUCCCCGCUAUCGUUCGCGAUGGACAAUUACACUCCUUCGACCUCGAGGGCUUCUGGAUGGACGUCGGUCAACCGAAGGACUUCUUAACGGGUACCUGCCUAUACCUUUCAUCGCUCGCAAAGAAGCAGCCCCAUCUACUAGUUUCUCCUUCCGAGAGCUACGUCCAUGGUGGCAAUGUCAUGAUCGACGAGUCUGCCAAGAUUGGCAAGAACUGCCGCAUUGGACCCAAUGUUGUCAUUGGCAAGAAUGUUGUCAUUGGUGACGGUGUGCGUCUACAGCGAUGUACGCUCCUCCCGGGAUCCAGGGUUAAGGACCACGCAUGGAUCAAGAGCACCAUCGUCGGCUGGAACAGCGUCGUCGGAAAGUGGGCUCGUCUCGAGAACGUCACUGUCCUCGGCGACGACGUGAGCAUCGGCGACGAGAUCUACGUCAACGGUGGAAGCGUCCUCCCGCACAAGAGCAUCAAGGCCAACGUCGACUACCCAUCUAUUAUCAUGUAGUUGAUUAUAGCGUCAUUUUGCGCUCUUCUCGACUGCCCACUUCGAUUUUUUCGGCACUUCUUCCUGUGUAUAAU